AGCAGCGCAGCAGCGCCGUUGAGCAGCAGCAGCAGCAGCAGCAGCAGCAGCAGCAGCGCCUGUCCCUAGAGGAAAGCAGGCAGCCUCUAGCAAACUGCACUGGCAUCGGGGAAGGAAAGCAUUCUCCCGGGUCACCGCGGGCUCUGCUCUCCUGCUACAACCUCCAGAGCGUCAGCGGCAGCCCUACCAGAGCAUCAGCGGCAGCCCUAUCGGUCACCACUCCGUGACCCACUUUGCCAGCCUCUGCUUGCCAUUCUGUGAUCCCCCUCCUCUUCUCACCUCUCUCGCUCCUUCCCUUCUUCCCCUGCUGCAUCCAUCUAGUUGCUCGGGAGAGCAGGGGUGUGGGUGCUCUGCGAAGUGUAUCUUCUCCACCAUCUCCCCGAAUUUGCCCACUCCACGCCCCAGCCCACUCCGGGUUUAUUUUUGGGAGUGGUGUAGGGUUGGAAGAGGUGAAGAGCCAGAAGAGAGAGGAGAGAGAGAGAGAGAGAGAGAGAGAGAGAGAGAGAGAGAGAGAGAGAGAGAGAGAGAGAGAGAGAGAGAGAGAGAGAGAGAGAUCAAGGGGAGGUGGGACAUGGAGAGCAAACGCUGCUUCGCCAACCGCUUCGAUGACUAUCAGGGCAGCUUGCUAGCUGGCCAGUGCAAGGAGGCUGUAGCGCCCUUGGUCACGGCCACCAUCGACCGCAUUCUGAAGGAGCUGCCUCAGCUUGGGAGCACAGGGGAGUCUAAGGGGGCGGCGGCCCGGGAGAGCUGCUGCCAAGGGGGUCUGUACAGCGGCGUGGCUGGGGUGGCCUAUAUGUUGUACCACGUCUCCCAGUGCUCUCUUUUCGCCUCGUCUCGGGAGAGGUAUCUCCGUUUGGCCAAGCGGCUCAUCGACGCCUGCACCCGCGCGGAGGAGUGGGGGGAGCCGGACGCGGAUACUCGCGCUGCCUUCUUGCUCGGGGGCGCCGGUGUCUACGCGGUGGCAGCUUUAGUUUACCACGCCCUGGGCCUGCCUGACUAUGUGCAGCCACUGGGCAAGUUCCGGGAGCUCUGUGCCAUCUGCGCCCCGGUCUCCUUCCUAGAGUGCGGCUCCGACGAGCUGUUCGUGGGCCGCGCGGGCUACUUGUGCGCCGCCCUGGUGCUCAAGCAGAAACUCUCCCUAGAGGUGUUGACCCCAGUGCAGAUCAAGUCAAUCUGCCAGGCCAUCCUAGAAUCAGGGAAGCAGUAUGCAACGAAAAAGAGAAAACCAUUUCCUUUAAUGUAUUCUUAUUAUGGAACGGAAUACUUAGGUGCCGCUCAUGGUCUGUCUUCCAUUCUCCAGAUGCUGCUCUCUUACCACGAGCAUCUCCAACCUGCUGAUCUGGAGCUGGUCUGGCAGAGUGUUGACUUCCUCAUGGAACAGGAACAAAAUUGCAAUUGGCCUCCUGAGCUAGGAGAAAUGAUUGAGAGGGAAAACGAGCUGGUCCACUGGUGUCAUGGAGCUCCAGGAAUCGCCUACCUAUUUGCCAAAGCGUACCUGGUUUCCAAGAAACCUCAGUAUCUGGACACAUGUAUCCGGUGUGGGGAGCUCACGUGGCGAAAAGGCCUGUUGAAGAAAGGACCUGGGAUCUGCCACGGUGUGGCUGGCAGUGCCUACGUAUUCCUCCUGUUAUACAGGCUGACUGGAAACUCCAAAUACAUCUACAGAGCGCAAAGGUUUGCAGAGUUCUUGUUUACAGAAGAGUUCAAAGCUGGCUCUCGGAUACUGGAGAGUAUUUACAGUCUAUAUGAAGGCUUCUCUGGAACUGUGUGCUUCCUGAUUGACUUGCUGCAACCUGGCCAGGCUGAAUUCCCUCUCUUCAGCGUCUUUGUUUAGAAGAUGACAAUCACCAGUGCAGUCAUGCAAAGGCAUCUGGGAUUUUCCUUUAGCAUACAAGGAAGGCAAUUUAUACAUAAGCCAGAUAGCGGUAUCACUACCACUAGCCUUAACAUUGCUGGAGUAUAGGGUGGGGGCAGAGGUAGGAAGGAGAGAGGCAUGUUGGGGGUUAGAGUGAAGGCAAAUGAUACUAGAUUUGAGAGGGAAACCUGCAUCUUUUUUUAAAAUUACAUGUCUUAAAAGCUUAGAAAUUUCUGUAUUUUAAGGAAUAAACGAACAUGAGACCAGAAGUGAGGGAAAGGGAAAGAAACAUGAAUUACCUUUCAGUUGGUAGCAUACAAAAAAUGAAUGUGGAACAUGGAAAUAUAAAAAAUACGGAAGCCCUGGAAAUUGGAAAGAGAAUUAAACAGUUGUAGGAACUCCCCACACUUAAAUCCAAGAACAAAGACAAUCAAAGACUUCUAAAGCUGAAAACUUUGAAAAGGGUAAAACUUUCUGAUGGAUGAAAAAACAAAAUCUUGUUGUUUUGAGUCUUGUGAUCUAUACUUGUGAAAAUGUUGUUUUUACUGAACAGAUAUGUUUGCCCAGAGCCUGCAUUUAUACAAUUGCCUCGGGCACUUUGAAGAAACUAUUUCACAAUUAAUUCUAAACCCAGAGAUGUUAAGUUCCAUUCAACCUCAUGGUGUAUCUCUUCCUGAUCCUAUUCUCUUUCAUUACAAUAGAUAGAAAUACACAUAAAAUGCUUUAGCCUAGCAAAUGUAGCAAGUGUUGCUGUCAAGUACUUUUCUCUGUUUUGAUGUAUUAACAGUAUUGUCUAGUAAUUGAAUUUUAAUUCAACAAACAUUUGUGAAGCUUCUACUUUGUUCAAGGUACCAUACCAGGUAUUAAUAUGCAAAGAUAAAAAAGAAAAACCUCAGUCCUUGUCCUUAGCAGUUUAUGGGCUGGUACAGAGGAUGGAAACUGUACACAGUAACUAUGAUACAAGUUAAAUUAUCAGUAAAUACAUUGAAGAGGUCCAGCAGGAUAAAGUGAGAGAUUAGAGGAGGCAGGGAUUAUUUCUAGCUCAGAGAAUCAGGAACAAAGGUGGUAGCUGAGGUGCACCUUAAAAGAGAAGGAUUCUGGGAGCAAUGAUGUGGAUCAAUUUCAUGCAUUAAGCAUAGGAAUAUUUUUUUUAAUACUGUUUUUAAGUAUGCAAUGUCUUUUAGGGCAUUGAAUUUUAAAACUACUGGUCAAUCCCCCUAUUUCAAUUCUGGGGUAAUCAACUACAGAAUCAUAUUUUUGUCAGCUUCUAGUAGGAUACUGCUGACCCAAUAUCUUGGUCAGAGACCAAAAGAGAUUUCAUAUGGCAAACCUGGGUAAAACAUCACUCUCAGUAAAAUUAAUACUGUUUCACUUGUCUCCCCAGGCAUCUAUUCAAUAGCUGAAUUGCUUCAAAGCUUUAAAGACAAGCUGUCAGAGAAGUUGAAACCCUACUAUGAAUGGAUAGAAAUCUUAAAACAGUUCUAGUACAGAUAGUUGCAAAGCACUAUGGCAUUUUGAAUGCACCCAUGUACUUUGUUAUUCUCUCCUUCUCACCUCCCCCUGCCAUUAGCAGGGAAAAUUAAGAAAAAUUCUUGUAUCAAAUAUGCAUAGUCAAGCAAAAAGAAAAUUCUGAAUCGACUAUACCCAAUAGAUGUCUCAUUUCGUACCCUGAGUUCACCACCUCUCCAUUGGAGGGUGGUUAUUGUACUUUAUUGUGUGUCCCUCGGAACUGUGAUUGGUCAUUGCAUUGAUCAGAAAUCUUAGAUCUUUCGAAGACGUUAUCAAUUGUAUAAAUUGUUUUCCUUUGUCUGCUUAUCUGUACACUUCUGUGAUGAUCAAUUUUCUACUGUAGGGUGGUGAGAAAAAACCACACUUACAUUUUCAAGAUUCAGUACAGCAAACAUUUACAACUGAGGGUAUUGAGUAUAAGAUUCAAUAUUAUAGCACUAAGGGCAUAUACAAAUGAAUAAGAUACUGAAAUUGUGCAAAGGAGUUUAUAAGGUAUAGCAUAUGAAAGAAAGUCAUUUAUACAACCGUUUGUCCCCAGCUAAUAAGUUAGCCAGAGCUUGGGACCAUAGAUUUUGUCCUAGAAGAGGCCAUGUAAUCCCUAUCCCUCAUUUUACAGAUGAUUAAACUGAGGCCCAAAAGGUUAAUUGACUUUCCUGAAGCCAUACAGGUAGUAAGUAUGAGAGAUGGGCACAAACCUAUGUGAUCUGAUACCAGGACCAUGUUCUUUCCCUAAGAAAUAGAUGGCUUUUGUUUUUACAUCAAAGUCAUGACUGGAUACAUCCCCAGCUAAACAGCUGAGCAAAACCAGUUAAUAGAGUGACCACUCUGAUGGUCUGGUACAGACCCACAUGCACUAGCAUGUGCAGCAUUCUGCAAAUGGGGCUCCUUACCUCUGGACUGGGAGGUGUAUUUCAUUAUCUGAUCUCUUAGGUCAAAAUGGAUCAUUACAUUGCUUCAGAAUUCAUUUCUUUUAGUGUUCUUUUCAUUUAUGUUACUGUAUUUAUUGUGCAUUUUUCCCUUGACAAUUAUUUAAUUUUUAAUAGGAAAAAAAACUAUUUGUAAGCAAGUCUCAUCUAACAACUUGCUCUCCAUUGUAUUUUCAUUAUUUAUUGCUUAUUAAUCAUCAUUUAUUACUCAUUAAUCAUCAUUUAUUACUCAUUACAAACAAAAAUGAAAAUUUUAAUGUAGUUCUUUUGUCUGUAAUUGAAUAUUUAUAUUUAUAAACACAGACCUAUAUGCAUUACCUCAAGCAGUGGUUUCAAUUCUGAGGAGUUAGGAAACAGUAAAUCUUGGGCAGAACCUAAAACUUGUUUUGCAUAAGGCUCUACAACAUUCAAAUAGAACUCAAAGCAAACUCUUUCUAUAGCCACUUUAAAACUUUUUAAAAAAAAUUUAAUGAAAGUCAUACAUUAAGCUACCAGCUUGGAAUUCUCCAUUAUUUCAUUCUUUAUCUGCUUGAUUACCCUCCUUCAAGAUAAGGAACUGAGAAAAUAAAUAAAUUGAGGCAAGGUUACAAAAUAACUUAACCGCCUUUAUUUCAGUUCCAGGAAUAACAAUGACAGAAGAAUAAUCCCUAAUACUAUGAUUUAUUUUCAUGUGAAUGGAAUUUUCUUAGGUGAAUAAAAGUAUGACCCUGCUGGGCCAAAGCAUCUUUAUGUAUACCACUUCCAUUGGAAAUAAAGAUUCAAAUGAGCUACAUUAUUGUUCUUUGAAAAAUUUCACUUUUCUAGGUUAGAAUCACGGAUUAACUUUAUCAGAACCUACAUUUGAAAAAAUCAAAUUGCCUGAAGUGUAAACACACAGGUGUUUGAGGGGGUUUUCUCCUUUUCUUUUCAGGGAAUAAACUCUUGCUUGGAGUAGGGGGAAGAGGGGGGCUUGCAGUUAGAUGACUACGAUUUGAUCAAUCACCCAAUGUAUGUGAGCUUGGACAGGUCACAUAACCUCUUUGGGUUUCAGCUUCUUCAUCUGUUAAACAGAGUGGUUUGUUGUGUGGUUUGUUUUUUGUUUGUUUUUGUGGGAGUGGGAGUGGGAGUGGGAGAUGUUGGUCUAGAUAAAGCACAUUCCAGCUUUAAAUAAAUGCAUGAUCCAUGAUGCUCUUACAAUCCUUCCAUCCACGAAUAUAAAACCAUCCUGUUUUAGAAAGUACAGAAUAGAUGAUUUAACAGUGAACAGUUCAGACAAGGGAUGUAAGCAAGUAAGCAAAGGAUAAAGGAGCCAGAGAAGGAAGAACUGGGCACAGUGGAUGAUCCACUUUUCCUUUACUGUAGAGGACAGGAAAGGAAAACACUGAAAGAAAAGACUUGAAGGUAAGUUGGUGCCAUAUUGGUUAAGGCCUUAAAUGCCAAUAGAAGGAAUUUAAAUUUCCUUUGGGACAAGAAAGUAUGGGCUUUCUUGGUGAAGAAAGUUUCUGAGGAGAGUAGUGAUAUAAUCAGAGCAGUGCAUUGGAAAAUGAUGAGACUGUGACAGCAAGGAUGCACUGGGGAGGCCUCAACUAACCUGGAAGCAGGAAAGCCAGGAAGGAAGUUAUUACAAUGAUGCAGGUGAGAUGGUGACAAAGGAGGGAAUUAAAGUGGUUACAGUGGGAGUAGAAAGGUGGGUACAAUGCAGAGAAAGGAUUUGACAGUUGAUUGGAUGUGAAAGGUGAAGACAUGGGAGAGUAAGAGACAUCUCUGAGGUCGAAAACCUGUGUGACUCAGGGGAUGGUACAGAAAUAAGAAAAUAAGAAAGCUAGGAUGAGAGUCAAGACUUACUUUGUUUUAUUUUUGCAAGAGCAAAGUCGGGGAGAUUAAUCCUAGGACCUAUGAUAAGUUAAGCUUGGAAAAUAUUGCAAUUUGAUCAAUCUUGUUUUAAUAACCAAAGACUUGUCUUUUGUGUAACAGUAUGUCUUCUGGAACUAUAGGAUGUUGUCUUUAGAAGCUUUUAAAUGCAGGUAAAACAGCAUUGCAUUUUUACAACUAGAGGUACAAGUCUAAUGCUAGAUUCAAGGGACAUAGUCAUGAAAGAUCUUAAAAGUUGAUCUGUGAGGAACCAUAAAAAAGGAAUGAAAUGAUGUUUUGUAUUCCAUUUAGAUCAGGGCAGUUAGAAGGCCCAUCUUAUUGUUAUAUUUCUUUUCCCCAAAUAAAAUUGUAAGUCAUCCCUACCCGCACUUGUUUUAUCCAGCAUGUACGAUUCAUUGAUUGAUGCUGGGAAAGCUUGAUUUAUUUAUUUCUAAUGUGGGUGGUUUAGUUUUGAUAUUGGAAGUGGUUCAGUUUGAAUAAUAUUAACUGGGACCCUUUAGUGAUCUCUGUUAGGGCAAUUUGUUAAUGAAAAAAAUGAGAGAUUGAGAUAAUAAUAGCCUUUCUUGAUAUUUCCCAUAAUGCAGUGUAGUUAUGAACUCAGUGGCAUUUCUUAGUGCUGCCUGAAUUUGAGCUCUUACCUUGACUCACCUCUUAAUAUUACCUGCCCUAUGAGCCCCUAGGUUUCCAUCAGAUGCAUUCCUUAUCAUUUUAGUUUCUUUGGACCAGAGGUGGGAACCUGCAGCUACCUGUGGCCUUCUAGGUCCUUGGGUACAGCUU